CGGACGGUGCGUCACGUCCAGUCUGCUGUCGGUGCGUCGCUGGCUGGAGCUGCUGGUCCGCUGAACCCCGAGCCAUCCCACAAAAUGGUGAACUUUACGGUUGACCAGAUCCGAGAGAUCAUGGACAAGAAGUCCAACAUCAGGAACAUGUCUGUGAUUGCUCACGUGGACCAUGGCAAGUCCACGCUGACAGACUCCCUGGUGUGUAAAGCUGGCAUUAUCGCCUCAGCUCGAGCAGGGGAAACCCGGUUUACUGACACCCGCAAAGACGAGCAGGAGAGGUGCAUCACCAUCAAAUCCACAGCAAUCUCUCUGUACUAUGAGCUCAAAGAAAAUGACUUGGCCUUCAUCAAACAGUGCAAGGAUGGCUCCGGCUUCCUCAUAAACUUGAUUGACUCUCCUGGUCACGUCGAUUUCUCAUCCGAGGUGACUGCUGCUCUGAGGGUCACUGACGGAGCACUUGUAGUUGUAGACUGUGUCUCAGGCGUGUGUGUCCAGACUGAGACUGUCCUCAGGCAGGCCAUUGCUGAGCGGAUCAAACCAGUUCUGAUGAUGAACAAGAUGGACAGGGCUCUCCUGGAGCUGCAGCUACAGCCUGAUGAGCUCUAUCAGACCUUCCAGCGCAUUGUGGAGAAUGUCAAUGUCAUCAUCUCCACCUACGGAGAGGGGGAGCAUGGACCCAUGGGUAACAUCAUGGUGGAUCCAGUGGUGGGGACAGUUGGGUUUGGCUCUGGUCUGCAUGGCUGGGCCUUCACUCUCAAGCAGUUUGCUGAAAUGUAUGUGGCCAAGUUUGCAGCAAAGGCUGAAAAGAAGGCUGCACUGCCACCUGCUGACCGUGCGAAGAAGGUCGAGGACAUGAUGAAGAAACUGUGGGGGGACAAGUACUUUGAUCCAGCAACUGGUAAAUUCAGCAAGACGGCCACUACAGCAGAUGGCAAGAAGCUCCCAAGAACAUUCUGCCAACUUGUGCUAGACCCCAUUUUCAAGGUUUUUGAUGCCAUCAUGAACUUCAAGAAAGAAGAGACAGAGAAGUUGAUUCAGAAACUUGAGGUGAAGCUUGAUGCCGAGGACAAGGAAAAGGAAGGGAAACCACUUCUGAAGGCAGUGAUGCGCCGCUGGUUGCCAGCAGGUGACGCUCUGCUCCAAAUGAUCACAAUCCACCUGCCCUCCCCAGUGACCGCUCAGAAAUAUCGCUGCGAGCUGCUGUAUGAGGGGCCUGGAGACGACGAGGCCGCUAUGGGAGUAAAGAACUGUGAUCCCAAAGCUCCAUUAAUGAUGUACAUCUCCAAGAUGGUGCCGACCAGCGACAAGGGACGCUUCUAUGCUUUUGGCCGUGUGUUCUCUGGCAUUGUGGCCACAGGGCAGAAAGUGCGCAUCAUGGGCCCCAACUACACCCCUGGAAAGAAGGAGGACUUGUACCUGAAACCUAUUCAAAGGACAAUUCUGAUGAUGGGCCGCUACGUCGAGCCCAUUGAGGACGUGCCUUGUGGGAAUAUUGUGGGCCUUGUUGGAGUUGAUCAGUUCCUGGUGAAGACAGGGACCAUCACCACCUUCGAACAUGCCCAUAACAUGAGAGUGAUGAAGUUCAGCGUCAGUCCUGUGGUCAGAGUAGCUGUGGAGGCCAAGAACCCUGCUGACCUUCCCAAACUGGUGGAGGGUUUAAAACGUCUGUCCAAGUCUGACCCAAUGGUUCAGUGCAUUAUUGAAGAGUCUGGUGAGCACAUUGUGGCUGGAGCUGGAGAGCUACACCUGGAAAUUUGCCUGAAGGACCUGGAGGAGGACCAUGCUGGCAUUCCUUUGAAGAAAUCGGACCCCGUGGUGUCCUACCGUGAAACAGUCAGUGAUGAGUCAAACCAGAUCUGUUUAUCUAAGUCUCCUAACAAGCACAACCGACUCUUCAUGAAAGCCCGACCCUUCCCUGAUGGUUUGGCUGAGGAUGUGGAUAAAGGGGACGUGAGUGCCAGACAGGAGCUGAAACAGAGGGCUCGCUACUUGGCAGAGAAGUAUGAAUGGGAGGUGGCCGAGGCUCGCAAGAUCUGGUGCUUUGGGCCUGAUGGGUCCGGACCCAACAUGCUGAUUGACAUGUCCAAGGGCGUCCAGUACCUGAAUGAGAUUAAGGACAGUGUGGUGGCUGGCUUCCAAUGGGCCACCAAGGAGGGUGCGUUGUGUGAGGAGAACAUGAGGGGAAUUCGUUUCGACAUCCAAGAUGUCACCCUCCAUGCUGAUGCCAUUCAUAGAGGAGGUGGACAGAUAAUCCCCACGGCCCGCAGGGUCCUGUAUGCCUCCAUGCUUACAGCCCAGCCCAGGAUUAUGGAACCCAUAUACUUGGUGGAGAUCCAGUGUCCAGAACAAGUGGUGGGAGGAAUCUACGGAGUACUGAACAGGAAGAGAGGCCAUGUAUUUGAAGAGUGUCAAGUCGCUGGAACACCCAUCUUUGUAGUGAAAGCGUAUCUUCCUGUUAAUGAAUCAUUUGGUUUUACAGCAGACUUGCGGUCGAACACCGGCGGCCAGGCUUUUCCUCAGUGUGUGUUCGACCACUGGCAGAUUCUGCCUGGUGACCCCUACGACAACAACAGUCGGCCAGCACAGAUCAUCGCUGAGAAUCGCAAACGCAAAGGCCUCAAGGAAGGCAUCCCAGCGCUUGAUAAUUUCCUGGAUAAAAUGUAACUGUUUUUAAACUGCUUCCAAGUGCAACUGGUCACUUACUGAUUAAAGAUUAAAAAUAAUAAUCAUAAAAAACACAUAAACAUGGUACCAAAACUGAUAAUGCUAUAAAGGUUACAGAUACAGGAAAAAAAAUUACAACUUUGUAACAGACCUCCUGUGCCAUCUUAAUUCUAACAACAAAUAAAAUUGAGUACUUUUAAUUUUCUGUCUUCGUUUACAUGGCAAAUGAGAAUGUACAAGAUAUUUUGAUAAAAUAUUUUAAAGUCUAUAAGGUAUUAAGGGUAAUUCUAACAUAACCACAACAGAUGCACCCAGCUGUGCUUGCAGCUGCUGAGACAUGGGGUAGUGACAGGGUCAUUUGUUCAGUUGUUUUGGCAGCAUUAAGGUGCUUUAAGGUUCAUUUAAGCUUACACCAACUUAGAUACAAACUCUUUGAUUAACUUGCCUCUCUGAAAAAGGAUGAUUGGUAACAGUUCUGCCUUUGUCUGGUUUCUGUAUUCUACAGUGCAUGCUAAUAUGCUGAAACCAAAAAAAGAUUGUUCAGCUCCAUCAAACAAUCAUACCAUACACCUUGUUGACAAUUUAUACCAAAAAAUG